AUGGCGGAGAACAUCACGGACCUCCUUGUCCCCGAUGCGUGCCAGGCCUCGGUCCCGAUCUGCAAGGUGGGCGGCGCCGGGAUGAUCCUGCCGCUCUCGGAGUCCGAGGCGGAGAUGGAGCCGGCCCUGCGCGCCACCAUCUACGGAGUAGCCAUGGUCUACUUCUUCAUAGGCGUCGCGAUCAUCGCCGACACCUUCGUCGCCGCCAUCGAGGAGAUAACAGCGCGCUGGAAGCAGACAACAGACGAGAACGGCAAGAUCAAGACCACCAAGGUCUGGAACGAGACGGUGGCGACCCUGACGCUGAUGGCCCUGGGGUCAUCUGCCCCGGAAAUCUUCAUCGCGCUGAUCGAUGUCUUCAAGAAGGACUUUCACGCGGCUCAGCUAGGACCCUCGACGAUCGUUGGCUCUGCGUCGUUCAACCUCAUGGUGAUCGUCGCCGUCUGCGUGGUGGUCAUCCCCUCCGACGAGGUGCGGGUGAUAAAGGAGCUCCCCGCCUUCUACAUCACGGCCGCCUUCUCCCUCGGCGCGUAUCUGUGGGCCACCUUCAUCCUGGUCGUGAACACCAAGGACCAGGUAGACCCUUGGGAGGCGAUCCUGACGUUCCUGUUCCUGCCGAUGCUGGUCUGGACGUCCUACAAGUCGGACAUCGGGGCUUUCGACUGGAUCCUUGUGAAGCUAGGCGUCAUCAAGCCGGACAAGGUGUAG